ACAUUAAAUUUUACUAUAUGAAUAUAAACUACUACUAUAUUAUACACUACACAUGGAUAUUAAUCAAGUCACCACUCAUCAAAUUAAAACUUCAUCAUCAUCAUCUUCUACUUUAAGUGGCAAUAAUAAGAAGUACAAAGGAGUAAGAUUAAGAAAGUGGGGAAAAUGGGUGUGUGAAAUAAGGCUACCAAAUAGCCGUGAAAGAAUAUGGUUAGGAUCAUAUGAUUCAGCUGAAAAAGCAGCUAGAGCAUUUGAUGCUGCACUUUAUUGUCUUCGUGGUCCUAAUGCAGCUUUCAAUUUUCCUGAUACGCCUUUCAAUUUGGAUAUCAAUGUGGCUAGUAACAAUUCUCUUACUCAUCAAGAGAUUAGAGAGAUUGCUGCUAAUUUUGCCAACAAAAAUUUACCUAUUGUUAUUGAUAAUAAUAAUAACAAUGUUAAUAUUAAUAAUAAUGGUAAUGGUAAUGUUGGUAAUGGUAAUGUUGAUGAAUCCAAUAUUGUGAAGGAAAUUAGUGGCUCUUCAUCUUCUACUAUGAAUGUCAAUGGGAACAUGAUUGAUUGGACAUUUUUGAACAUGUUGGAUGGUUCAAGUGAUAAUGUUGGGACUGAAAAUUAUGGUGGUUUCUAUUCCGACUUAGAAAAGAUGCACUCCGGUGAGUUAUUGUAUUCCAUUCCACCACCAUUUUUUGAAGAUUAUAAUCAUCAGAACGAAAUUGUUGAUGAUGAUAAUGACGAUCCUUUUUCUCAUCAGUCAUUCCUUUGGAACUGGAACUUUUGAGUGUAUGUUUGAUAUCACCAUGAUUAGUCUGAAAUUUUACAAAAAAUUCGGCAAAUUCAUGGUGAUACCAAAUAGAUAUAUGUAUUAUGGCUAGAGUUUAACUUUGUUUACAGCCUCUCUUUUAAUUGGUAUGUAUUUUUGCUACCAUAUAUUAUAUAUAUGGUUGUUUGUAUUGAGUUAAUAGCAAUAACAAGGAUGGCUGGCUAGUUGGUCUAUCUCAUACCACACACAUAAUAUAAGUAUAUAGCAAAGUGACCCGU